AUGGCCACGUCCACAACACCAAUAGCGGACACCAUCCGACAGAAGCUCACCUCGGCACUCAACCCGACUAUACUGGAGAUCCGGAAUGACUCACAUCUCCAUUCACACCACAAGGCUAUGCAAGGCGUCACAUCCAAGGAGACACACUUCGCGCUGAAUGUUGUAUCGGAGGAAUUCAAGGGCAAGAUGCAGCCCGCCAGGCAUCGGGUUGUGUAUGGAUUGUUGAUGGAGGAGCUCGAGCGCGAGGGAGGGAUUCACGCGCUGCAGCUGAGGACGAAGACGCCCGAGGAAGAGGAGAAACUGAAAGCUAAGGCUACUGCUGCGGAGUGA